UGCAGGAGAGAUGUUUCGUCAUGAUCGUGUUGGAGCUUGAUAUCGACCACUGUUGUCAUUGGGAGAAGCCCUGUUUAGCCGCCCCCCCUCGCUGGGCCCCCGUGUAGAGCCGCCUUGCAGAGUUCAGUCGGGCUGGGAGAGGAAUGCGCUGGGAUGCGGAGCAGCACCGACUGUAGGAAAUCAACGCAACAACUCGCACACUAUGGACAGUAAUGAUCCGUAUUUACACCUCAUUUGUCACAGAGCCAACACUUCCGUCUGAGUCCUGGUCCUGAGUGACUGGCGUCGUGCCAGCGCCACCCUUGCACCUCAAGGCAUGUGGCACCCCAUGGCAUCACCCGCAACUGGAGGCAGCCCCGGGAGGGAGAUAGGUUAUGGCCACUACUCUACGGGGCCAAUGACCCACAGCCACCCUCCUCCUAUGGGGGGCAUGGUGGGCCACCCGUCAGUCAUCAGCACCUCCAGGCCCUUGCAGUCCCCCAUGUCUACCUUGGGCUCGCCGAUGAACGGCUUGGCCUCGCCCUACCCUGUCAUUACAUCUUCUCUGGGCUCACCCUCGAUAUCGCUGCCGUCCACGCCCAACAUGAACUUUGCACCACUCGGCAGUCCACAGAUGAACUCUAUGAACAGUGUUAGCAGCUCGGAGGACAUCAAGCCUCCGCCGGGCCUGCAGAACCUGGGAAACAUCAACUACCAGUGUACCAGCCCCGGGGGAAUGUCAAAGCACAUCUGCUCUAUUUGCGGGGACCGCUCCUCAGGAAAGCACUACGGCGUGUACAGCUGCGAGGGAUGUAAAGGUUUCUUCAAAAGGACCGUCCGUAAAGAUCUGACCUACACGUGUCGAGACAGCAAGGAGUGCCUGAUUGACAAGCGCCAGCGAAACCGCUGCCAAUACUGUCGCUACCAGAAGUGCCUGGCCAUGGGCAUGAAGAGAGAAGGUGUGUGUGCAGCGGUGCAGGAAGAGAGGCAGCGUGGAAGGGAGCGUGGGGAGAACGAGGUGGAAUCCACCAGCAGUUUCAACGAGGAAAUGCCUGUGGACAAGAUCCUGGAUGCUGAGCUGGCAGUGGAGCCAAAAACAGAGACGUACAGCGACGGCAGCCCCAGCAACUCAACUAAUGACCCCGUCACCAAUAUCUGCCAAGCAGCAGACAAGCAGCUCUUCACUCUGGUGGAGUGGGCCAAAAGAAUCCCGCACUUCUCCGAACUCCCCCUUGAUGACCAGGUCAUACUACUACGAGCAGGCUGGAACGAGCUUCUUAUCGCUUCAUUUUCACAUCGCUCAGUCACGGUAAAAGAUGGCAUCCUGUUGGCGACGGGCCUCCACGUCCACAGAAGUAGUGCCCACAGUGCCGGAGUGGGCUCCAUCUUUGAUAGAGUCCUGACAGAGCUGGUAUCCAAAAUGAAAGAUAUGCAGAUGGAUAAGACAGAGCUCGGCUGCCUGCGAGCCAUCGUCCUUUUCAAUCCAGAUGCGAAAGGUCUUUCAAACCCACCAGAGGUUGAGGGGCUGAGAGAAAAAGUUUACGCCUCAUUGGAGUCGUACACGAAACAGAAAUACCCAGACCAGCCUGGCAGGUUUGCCAAGCUGCUGCUCCGCCUGCCUGCCCUGCGCUCCAUCGGCCUCAAGUGUCUGGAGCAUCUGUUCUUCUUCAAGCUGAUCGGGGACACGCCUAUCGACACCUUCCUGAUGGAGAUGCUGGAAGCUCCGCAUCAGAUCACAUGACACCAGUCCCCCCCUUCCCCCUGUAUAUACUCCCACAUUGUCAGAGAUAUGAAGACGGAAUUUAAAAAAAAGACUUGAUUCAAAUUGUAAAACACCAUAUUUUGUACCAAGCAAAACAUUGUAAUUAAAAUUUUAAAAAAUGUAUUUUGAGGUUGUGGGGAGGGUGGAGUCUUGAGUCGGAGGAUGGAGUACACUGUCAAAUGAAUUCUAAUAGCGUUGUUAACAGAUUUCUUUUGUAAAUAGAUAAUUUCAGGUGUCCAUUUUAAAAGCAACCCAAUGCAAUUUGAAAAAGAAUAAUAUUUUAUUCAAAGAGGAAUUGUAUAAAAACAGAAACCAUCCAUGCAUUUCUUAAAACACGUUUGAGAAUUCUUACAGAAUAAAGUUAUUUAAAAAUUUA